CCACGGCACAAAAUGCUUUUCCUCCCAGCUGCUGCUCUGUGCUGUCUGUGUUCAGCACUGGUUGCCAUGGCAGCAGAGCCAAUUGCCAGGCUGAUUCAAGACCAGUUAUCAUUGACCAGGAGAGUUGAUGAAACAGUCUCCUUCAGCUGUGAUCGAACUGACCAGUGUGACUAUGAUGGAGAUGUAUACUGGUACCAGAAGAAAGAGACAGAAACAUUCAGCUUGAUUCUGUAUAUUAACAAAGACAAUAGCAACAUAUAUUAUUACAAUCAUCCUCAGAAAGAUGAUUUCACAGCUGUUACUAAAGAAAACGGCUGUGAGUUGAAGAUAGAAAAAGUUAAACUCUCUCAUUCAGCCUCCUACUACUGCUCCUGUCUGAAGGAUGCACGAAUUCUUUGGCUCUGGAACAAACUGUAUGUAUCAGAUGAGCCCGUAGUGAAGCCCGUGGUGAGCGUGUACCCAGCAGCAUCCAGAGCCCACCUGGAGGGGAAGAGCUCCCUGCUGUGUCUGGCCUCAGCCAUGUCUCCUCCUCUGGUCCAGUUCUCCUGGAAAAGACAGAAGGAGGAUGGUCCUCUGGAGGAGCUGACCCGUGAUGAUGGAGAGCAGCUGGAGCUCAGAGAGUCGGGACGCACCGCCGCCAUCUUGCUGAUCCAUCAGCCAGAGAACAGCACAUAUAAAUACCGCUGCUACGUCAAGCACGAGGGCGGCACAGUGGAGGCCCAAACACAACAAGCAGUGCUUCAGCUUCAUGUGGAGACGCUGUCAAAGAGAGCAGAGCAGCAGAGCAUUGACUGAUUUCUUUUUUAAUCCUUUUCUGUUGCAGUGGUUCCUCUGGAUUCUCUCCAGCCUCAGUGCAGGGUGAAGCUGCUCUGUCUGCUCUACACAGUGCUGAUAGUGAAGAGUCUGGUGUACUGCUGUGGACUCUCUCUGCUGAUGAUCCUCACAAACAAGGGACCGUCCACCAACUGCACACAUGCUGACUGACUGUUUUCUAAUUGCCUUUUCUCACCAUCAAUCUCAUUUAUGUCUUUGAUUACUGUUCAGACAUUUAAGUCAAAUGUAUCUUUUUAUCCACAGGUUAGAUACCAUCAGCCUGCAGAUGAUGAAUACAUAUAUACUUAUGCAUAUACUUUUUGAAUCAUUAAAUUUACAGUUUCUAGUAUUGUGUCAUUUUAAUGCUCUCUUUCAUUUUCACUUUUAAUUUUGACUCAUGUAAAAAUAGAAGAUUUAGCUGAAUCAUUAGCUGCUUGGUAGAUAUUUUGUUUCUGGUAUUUUUUCUUCUCUUGCUUUUUAUUUUAAG